AUGGGAUCUGCUUCGUGUAAAAAUUCUAAAUCAGCAACACCAGCUGCAAAAAAUGAAGAAGCGAAAAAAAUCACAAUCGGUGUGUUUGGUCUAGAUGAUGCCGGCAAGACAACGGCAGUUAAAGCAAUCGAAGGAGAUCCAGUUAAAGAAGCGGAGCCCACCAUAGGUACUGACAAGUUAAUGGUACCGUAUCCAGCUAUCGGCAAAGGAAAAGGCAAAUCUAAAGAACGUAUUGAAAUGAUUGAUGUCGGUGGCGGUAAAAGAUUCCGUGAUCGCACAUGGGGAGAGUGUUACGAUAAAGUUCAUGGCUUUAUCUUUGUCAUUGACGCGAGUAAUAAAAGUCGAAUUGGAGAAAACAAAACGACAUUAAACGAUUUACUCGACAAUAGCAAACUUCAAGAUAAACCAGUACUUAUUUUGGCCAAUAAACAGGAUAAAAAGAAUGCGAUUAAAGAUGAAGAUUAUCUCAAAGAUAAACUUGAGAUCGAAGAUUUGAAACAUAAACAUAGAAUUGAAUUUUGCACAGCAAUCGGAAAAGACAAGAGCAAAGCUGAUGACGCCAUUCGUCAAGGAUUUUCAUGGUUAAUAGGAGAAAUUGAAAGUGACUAUCAAAAACUCAAUGCUCGUGUGAACAAGACAAAGACUUCGACUGAAUCGAAGUCCCCAGUAUCAACAAAGAAGCCUCGAGGUCGACUACAAUCAGAGCCAUCCGACAUGGAUGAUGAUGGUAUUGUCUAUGGUAAAAGUCGACAGAAAUCCUCGUCACCACCACCCCCCAGUUAUCGAGGUCUCGAUACACGUUCAUCGCAGAAUUUAUCGACUAGAUUACCUCAAUUAGAUAUCAAUAAAUCAAAACGAAAGCCAACUGGUUAUAACACAUACAGUGACAAUGAUGAUGAAAAAGAUGGCACGAAUCGUUCGUUUUCACGUCCAAAUGUCAGCGUACCUAUGUCUGAUCGCACCAAUCGCGCCGGUUCACCUCCUCUCUCAUCCGCGGCAGCAGCAACGGCGGGCUUUAAUAAAAAGAAAAAAGUAGUCGGUACUGGCACUGCUAGUAACUAUGAUCUUCCAACAAAUAAAUCGGCAUCUAACGAACCGAAACCAUUUCGUUCCCCCUAUGAAACAUUUCCAGAUGAGAUACCAUGGACACCCUCAUCAAUACGAUCCACAAAAUUGGAUAGCACUCUACCAUCAAAAACAUAUAUGAAUCCACCAAUGAUCAGUGAUCCAUUAAAACGUAGUGUGAGCCCUCUUGUUCGUGAUUCCAAGCCUAUUACAAGUACUUUACCAAAAUCUGGAAAAACGAAUGACGAUGAUGAGUAUGGUUAUAAAUAUGGUUCACUAUCGAAUGAUAAGAACAAACCAUCCUAUCCAUCAAUAAAUCGAACGAAAGAUGACGACAGUUUUAAAUAUCCAUCACCUCCAUCAACUACUAAGCCAUUAACGAUCUCGAGAAAGCCAUUAUCGAGUAAUUAUGAUCUUGAUGAUGAUGAUUAUGGUCGAAAGUCACCCGCUACCGUUCGUCGUUCAAAUCUACCUCCUCCAGUAGCAACAACACCGACCACCACGAUGACCACAGUCAAGAAAACUAAUAGAUACGAUGAUAAUAGCGAUAAUGACAAUGAUUAUUACAAAAGAUCAACUACGAACACAGCUAAACGCUUGGAUUCGGACGAUGAUGACGACAGAAAUAAAAGCAAAUCUUACGAUCGUUUAUCUGAUCGGUUUAAAACAAAAGAUGAUCCGUAUGGAACAACAUCAAAAUCGUUUUCAACAAAGCCAAAAUCUCGCUUUGCAGAUGACGAUGAUGAUGACAAUGAUAAAUAUAAACCAGCAAUAAAGACUCGGCCAAAAAUCUCGGACGACGAUGACGAUCUUCCGUCAACAUCAAAGUAUGAUACUCGUCCAAAGUAUGGUAAUGACUAUCCAACGUCGUCAUUUUCAAAGCCCACAUCGCGUUUCAAACAAGAUGAUAACGACCGACCAUCUUCUCCAUAUCGAUCGACGACAUUACCGAAAUAUGGUGAAGACAAUCGAUCCACAUCGCUUUCACGAUUCAAUAAUAAUGAUAAUAAUCGCACUUCAUCGACUACAAAACCAUCAACUCAUUCAAAGUUCAGCGACGACGACGACGAUGAUCGACCUUCAUCCAAAUGGAAACCAUCAACCUAUUCGAAAUUCGAUGACGACGGUAAUGAUGAUCGUCGUCCUGCACCACUUUCAAAAAUACCCUCUCGUUCAAAACUCAAUGAAGAAAAUGACGAUGAUAAUCGAUCAUUUUCUUCCAAGAAGCCAUCCAGUUCCAGAUUCGACGAUGACGAUGAUCGCCCUACAACAUUGUCCAGAGCACCUUCUCGCUCAAGAUUCGAUGACGAUGAUGAUCGUCGUCCUGGAACACUAACGAAGGUCCCGUCUCGAUCAAAAUUUGACGACGACGAUGAUGAUGAUCGUGCCAUAUCUUCCUCAAGACCAUCAAUGUCGAAACUCGGAACAAGUGGUGCUCGAAAUGAUUAUACAUCAGCGAAUCGAUCUCGUACCAAUCCUUAUCCAGACUAUUGA